AUGAAAAGGAAGUGCCUGUUCGUCAACCAAUCAGAAACCCGAGAUUUCAGCAAAGUCUUUAUCGCGAGACUUCGUCUCUUCCGUUUCCCUUUUCGCUCUGAGCCCAAGAUGGGAGUUGACAUCAGACACAACAAGGACCGUAAGGUGCACAGGAAAGAGCCACGGAGCCAGGAUAUCUACCUGAGGCUCCUGGUCAAGUUGUACAGGUUCUUGGCCCGCCGCUCAAAUGCUCCUUUCAACAGGGUCAUCCUUAGGAGGCUCUUUAUGAGCCGGAUCCACAGGCCACCUCUCUCCAUCUCCCGCCUGAUUCGUAAGAUGAAGAUGCCUGGCCGUGAGAACAGAACCGCUGUUGUUGUGGGUUCAGUCACUGAUGAUGUCAGGAUUCAGAAAAUCCCCAAGCUCAAGAUCUGCGCUCUGAGGGUAACUGAUGGUGCCCGUCGCAGAAUCCUGAAAGCAGGCGGUGAGGUGAUGACCUUUGACCAGUUAGCGUUGGCUUCCCCCAAAGGACAAGGCACAGUGCUGCUGUCAGGACCCCGUAAAGGCAGAGAGGUGUACAGACACUUUGGAAAAGCCCCUGGAACUCCCCACAGCCACACCAAGCCCUACAUCCGCUCCAAGGGCAGGAAGUUCGAGAGAGCUCGUGGCCGCAGAGCCAGCCGUGGAUACAAGAACUAGUCUGUGUCUUGUGUUUUCCAUACAAUCUGAUACAAAUAAAAGAUCGACUGUA